GCCGCUGCGUUCUAUUCAUUCUUCUUUCAUUUCUUCUUCUUCUUUCCUUUCUUCUUCACCCCGCCGAUGAAUUAUGUCUCCUCAAACAAUAAGAGUAGACGGUGAAGACAGACUGCUAUUCCGGCGAACUACUCUUCAAUGAAAUUCCGCACUGCAAAAUCAAAACCCCUUUCAAUCCAUCGGCAUGGCGUUUUCUUUGCUCAGAAGGACCGUUUUCUUCACUUCAAUCACAAAUCCGCUUCUAUCGUCGCGACUACUCUGUAAGUUUUCUUCUUCAAAGGCUUCGACAUCUAUCGAACAGGGUAGGGAGCAGCGUUCUGUCGGCAAUAGGCUUCACUUAUCGCCAUUAAUUACGGAUCUCCCAAAGUGUGAUUUAAUUGAUUGCAAAAUUGAAUUAGUUGAUUAUGAGACUUGGCGCGUCUCGUCGGCAUUAGCUGAUGCUUGGAGAGGCAGAAACGAGGAUAAAUCAUUGAAAACGAGUUCAUCGUUGAAUCACGGCUGCAGUGAUAAAAGUUUUGUUAAUUCGGGUGCUGAUUUUGAUUUUGAUUCCAUUGAGGAUAUGCGAAUUCGUGGAAAUUUGUUUUACAAGCUUGAUAAGGAUUCCAAAGAGUAUGAAGAAUACAAGUUUGAUUUCCAUGGGAAGAAAUCCUCAAGAAAUGAAAGAGUUCCGAAACAAAGUACAGCAAAAUCUACAGAACUUUCGAAAGAAAGUACAGCAAAAUCGAAGGUAAUGGAUGAGAUAUCGUCAAAGAAGGAUCAUACUACAGCAAUCAAGAGAAGUAAAAUGGAGUCAUUGCCAAUUGAUAGGGAUAACAAAUGGAAUUCUCAAAUACACGAAGAGGAGGAUUCUUGUGUUGAAAAGAAGCAAAGAGUUCCGACGUUUAAUCAACUAACAGCACCCUACCACGAACCGUUUUGUUUGGAUAUUCACAUAACAAAGGGCUCGGUGCGAGCCAGCAUAAUCCAUCGUGCAACGAGCAAAGUUGUGGCUGUGGCGCAUUCAAUUUCCAAGGACAUGAAAUUCGACAUGAGUUCUUGCAAGAAUAGGAGCGCUUGCGUCGCAGUCGGGGAAGUUUUGGCUCGGAGAGCCUUGGAAGAUGACAUCCACAAUGCCGUGUACACGCCACGAAGAGGGGAGAAAUUGGAGGGCAAGCUGCAAGUUGUUCUUAAGUCGAUUAUUGAUGGAGGGAUUUGUGUUAAGGUGAAACUUAAGCAAAUUAAAUUGCGAAAAGCUAAGGGCCUUACCCGAAGGCGAUCUGGAGAUUGAAUUAUUGGUAUAAUAAAUGAUCUUGAGGUAAACAGUGGCAAUCGACUGCAAUCUGUUUUGGAAGCAAUUUUUAAGGUUUUUCUGUUUAGAAUGGCUAGCAACCAUUACAAUUUGGGUUGACCUUAAGGAGAAGAUGCCGGUGAUUCUUACCAUUAAGUUUUUUCUUCACAGAAUAUCUUAGGACCUGAAUGGCUCUUGUGCAAGACAUCAAUGAUUGAAAGCUUUUCUUGUAAAGGAUGCAAAAGAUUGCUGCCAUUUUGAACUUUGGAGGAUCCCUACAUAUAGGCCAAGGUUCUGUGCGGUGAGUAUUUAGUUUCAGUAUUCCUCAGACAAAAUACCAUUUACUUUAAUGUUGUGUGUAUUAAGGUAUCUGCACAGUAUGUUUAGGUUUUAACAUUUGACAACCUUGAAGUUGAUGGGGUAUCCGCCAGGGGAUUCUCAGCCCAACAUACAUAAUAGGGGAAGGUUCAGUACCGUGGCAUCCAUAAAAUACAAAAACAAUACAAGUCUUUUAUUAAGGCCAUCUCCAAUCCAGCGCCAUUAAUGGCGCUGGGUUGCCAGAUUUGGCUUCGUGCGCUAUCUUUUGGUGUUGCUACAAUGCAACGCCAAUUUUGGUGGUGUUGCUCCUUUUUUUUUAAAUUUUUUUUUUAUAUUUAAAUUUAUUUUUUAUUUUUCUAAAUUUAAAAAGAAAUAUUUUAAAUUAUAAAAAUAAAAAGUUUAAAAUAAUAGGAAAAAUUGAAUAUUUGAAUAAUAAUAGUGAAAAAUAGAUUUAUGGUUGGAUUAAAAUUACGGUAGCAACUGCAUAUUUAGAAUUAAACAUGGAUAAAUGGAGUUGAUGGAUUAGAGAUGGCCUAAAAACAUCAUGUGUUGUUUGUAACAAUGACAUGUACUGUUUGUUUAUAAUUAUACGUGUGUUGUAUAAGUGUAUAUCAUGUGUUGAAAUGAACUACUGCAUGUGUUGUACGAGAUUAUACGAUGUAUUGUUAAUUCAUGUGUUGUGUUUGUAUUAUAUAAAUAUAAAUGAUGUCUUGUCACUAACAUUACCGUGUGUUGUUUGUCAACUAUCUGUGUAUGUUGUGCUUGUAUUAUAUUAAUAUAAACGAUGUGUUGUUACUA